AAAGAUGGAAGAAGCUACUCCUAGCGUGCAUGAGAAACCCGAGGCCUUUGCUUUGGUGGCAGGUGUUGAGGGUGUCACUAUGGAAGGGGACAACAACCAUCAACAGCCGGGUCGAUCCGGGUUGACCCGUGACCUUGUCGACGCUGUGUCAAGCUUUGGUGUUAACAGGAAGAAAAGGAUGGCUAGACACAGGAGAUCAUCUUCCACCAUCAAACUUCUCUCUUAUACCAAGUACUUCUCCUCCAGUAGCUCGCAAGUGCCAUCAUCCACUCUCCCGGCACGUGUUAUUGAUCCUACGAGAUUGAGAUUCCUUUUCCAGAAGGAACUUAAGCACAGCGACGUAAGCUCUCUCAGAAGAAUAAUACUCCCUAAGAGAGCAGCGGAAGCUCACUUACCUGUCCUUGAGUCCAAAGAAGGGAUUCUUAUUAACAUGGACGACUUAGAUGGAUUGCAUGUAUGGAGCUUCAAGUAUAGGUUUUGGCCUAAUAACAACAGCCGUAUGUAUGUACUUGAAAAUACUGGGGAAUUUGUUAACGCACACGGAUUACAAAUUGGGGAUUUCAUCAUGGUGUAUCAAGAUAGUCAGAAUCAAAAUUAUGUAAUCCAGGCAAAGAAGGCCUCUGAUCAAGAUCAUGUAUAUACUGACAUAGCUAGAAUUAAUGCUGUGAAUGAUAUUAUUCUCCAUGAUUAUGAGGUUAGUAAAUAUUCCAGCUCCUAUUAUUAUUAUUAUCCAACGAUGGACGAGGAUAGUGGCAUGUCAUUUAUCUAUGACACGACCAGCUUCUCGAAUGACUCUCCACUUGAUUUUCUGGGUGGAUCAUCAAUGACCAACUAUUCAAGGAUGGAAUCUCUGGAAAGCUUUGGGUCGGUUGAAAACUUGUCCCUUGAUGAGUUUUAUCAAGUUUAAUUACGCAUAUUAAAUUGGCACUGUUAUUUCGUUAAACAAAAGUUGGCAGCACAGCUUCAUGAUGAAAUCUGAAAGAAUAGGGGGCAACUUCAAUUUGGUCUGUGGAAGUGUUGUAUUUUUUGCAGAUAAUUUCAGCAUAUAGUCCCAUGUAAAAAUAAACAAAUAAACAUGAAGCAUUGUGUGCUUGUUGAACGUGA